CUGAGUGUGGCGCCUGACGCGUUACUCGGAAAUGUUGAUACGCGGGCAGACAUCCGCUGUUGCGAGUGACAUCCUCCCCUGUCGGUGUACAGGUACACGGAGAUACUGAAGGAUUGUUCUUUGUUAGGUGACUGGAAUCCGUCAGCUGAGUCACAGGGGAUUGUUUGGAAUGGAUAACAUCAAGGAAAAUGGAGGAGUACCAGUGGAUGGAGAGCAGUCUGCACAAGACUCAGCACAGCCUGAAGGAAGUUGUAGUGAAGAGAAUCAAGUCAACUCUGAACACACAAUGAAUGGAGACAAUGUGGAUGCUGGAGGACAGGGAUCAAUACCGGGGCCAAGGCCAGUCACCAAUGUUGCAAGAAUGCCAGUCCAGGCUGAGGGUUUCCGCUACAGUGGGUCUCACAAGUGCCGUGGUCACUGUGUCAUCUUCAACCAUCGCUAUUUUGACCGUGCAACUGGUCUUGGGGAGCGGAAUGGGACAGACCGAGACAGAGAUCAAGCCAAGCAACUCUUUCUUCAGUUGCAGUUUAAUGUGACAGUUUAUGACAAUCUGACUGUGGCUAGAAUUAAGGAAGUACUUCAAGAUUUGGCAUUUGGCACCGAUCAUACUGACUGUGAUAUGCUUGUUGUGAUCUACAUGUCCCAUGGGGAACAUGAUGUACUGUGGGGCAGUGAUGCUUCCUUUAAACCUGAUGACUUGUUUGAAGUUUUCCAAGCUGAUCAGUGUAAAUCUCUUGCUGGAAAACCCAAAAUUUUCUUCAUACAGGCAUGUCGUGGUGAGGGCCUUGACUCUGGAGUAACUUUGGCCCAUAGUCGCCCCAGUGAUGAAAUAGACUCAGGUGUCAUAGCCUACAAGAUCCCCACCACUGCUGACUUCUUGAUAUGUUGGUCUACAGUGUCAGGUCACUAUUCAUGGCGCAACACCACAAAUGGGUCAUGGUUUAUCCAGUCUUUGGUGCAUGUGUUGAGCAAGGAGGCAACACAUGAGGACCUUCUUUCCAUGAUGACCAGUGUGAACAGGCACAUGGUGCUCAACUUUGAGUCUAAUACCCCAUCCCAGCAACACAUGCAUGGUAAAAAGCAGUCUGCAAGCAUUGUGUCGACUUUGAUGAGAAAGGUCUUCCUGUCUCCCAAGUAUUGACAGGAAAACAAGGAGUGUAAAAGCCACAGACCAGAUGUAAAUGUUUCAUCCAGCAUCCCUGGAGAUACAACAGUAAGAUCCAGUGAAACUAGAGUUAUGCUUGAACAGUCAGACCCAAAUCCUUCUGGGUUAUCAUGUUGGCCCAAAAAGCUUAAGAAGAAAAGAGGGAAUGUAACAAACAACAAGCCAAAGCAACAGUUUUGGAAUUUUAGUAAACACUGAGUCCUUAAAAUAUCCAACUCUUUACUGAUAUAUAUAUAUAUAUAUAUAUAUAUAUAUAUAUAUAUAUAUAUAUAUAUAUAUAUAUAUAUAUAUAUAUAUAUAUAUAUAUAUAUAUAUAUAUAUAUAUAUAUAUAUAUAUAUAUAUAUAUAUAUAUAUAUAUAUAUAUAUAUAUAUAUAUAUAUAUAUAUAUAUAUAUAUAUAUAUAUAUAUAGUACAAGUAACAAAUUACCUGUCUGCCAGUAUAUUAUACUACAUGUGAUUUGGGGCAUUAGUAAUGUGACUUUACUGAGUUACCUUCCUGAUUUUUCUUGACGCUGUUCAUAACAAGAUUUCUGUUGAACAAUGGAAUUAUUGACUGCAGGUGUAGCUGACCAACCCUUGAUUAGAGGGGAUACCAAGAAAAUAAUUUAAAUUUCAUUCUUUCUCUGCUGAUGGCUUUUACCUCCUUGGUGUGCAUAAUCUCAUUAGGAUUGAUAAUGGUAAAUAUAGAAUGGUGAGCAACAACUGAACUGUUUCAGGUUGAGUAUCGACGAGGUUAAUGAUGUGUAUAGCAUAAACAUGUCAUCUUGGACAUAGAUAAGCACAGGUGCCUUAAACUCUACUUAUCUGCUUGGUGUCAAAGUACAAGUUUUGCACAAAAGAAACUCAAGUCUUUCAUAUGAUCUUUCAUAUUGUCAAAUGCCUGGCACCCAUCUUUCCCACCAGCAUACGCUCAAUUGUGAUACUAUGUCUUUCAGUGGAAAAUUGAUAUAAAGUUACACACAGUCAGUAUUUCAAUAACUGAUUUUGAAUGAAUGUCUCACUGUCAGUAUAAAUGUGGUACGAAUUUUGUUUUUAAUAAUUAAAUCUUUCAUAUGUAAUUGUCCUCUUGUUGUUUGCAUGAAUGUUUGAUAUGGUCUAGUUCUCUUAAUUAAUUUGUGAACAUAUUUAGCAUUAUGAAUGCAAGGUUGUGGAAAGACCAUUUUCAUAGAGUUAGAGGUGGUUGUGGGUCUGAAUGGUGUAUGGCCUAUUUCUGUGAACACAGAUACUUUGUUUAUUUACAUUUACUUUUUUUCAUUUGGAUAACCCUCUUUAUUAAUGACAAAAUUAAAGAUAUGAAUUAUGUAUCAUACCUGUGAAUGUAGAAAGAUCAAUGUGGUCCUUAGAUAAGUAACAUUUCCAUCUAUAGUCAGUAGUAAUUUAACAGAAAAAGGUUAUUGUAGAUGUACUUUAUAUACAUCUAGAACAUUUUUUACUCUUGUUGAGAAAUACUGCCAUUUUGAUAAACAUUUAGGCUUAAGUAAAUACUGAUAAAGGGGUGUGACUUUUUGUGAAAUGUGUAAAAAAUAAAUAUAAGUAACAUGAUGAAUGCCAUGAAGAAAAAUAUGCAGAAGAUAACCUCUUGCAAGUGAAUGGUGACAAGGAAAGUUAAGCUAAAGUUUUGCUUGCAUCUAAUACCUCCUGAAAAAUCUCAUACUGAACAUUGCUGCUCUCUUAAAUUCAGUUCUUAAUAAUGGCUCAAAAGGCCCCAAGAUAUUUGUGAUGAGUGUCAUAUAGUUUAUAAACUAUCAUUAAGCUUGUAGUGGAUCACGAUAUUAUGUGAAGAAUCUGCUGUGCUGCACUGCUUUAGAGAGUUAGGGCAGAUAUUUACUGGCAAUCACUUAAACCUUAGUAAACUUGAACCAAAAAUGAGUAAAUGUCAUUUGAUGUUAUUUUUUAACCCGUGGGCUUCGGCUAUGGGAAAGCUGAGAAGUGGCUGUGAAACGACAAAAUUAUACUGCAUUUUGAGAUUAAGAAAAGAGCAUGGAACGUACAUCAGAGUACUCCUCUCAUAACCAUAAAGCCGUUAAAAAUAUUUACUUUUACUCAAACUCCAUUCUUUUUUGGUGGUGUUUGUUACAAAAUAAACAGUCUCGUGACGUGUGGCAUCUAGCCUAGAGUCGCUUGAUGGCUUCUAUAGAGAAUUUGACUGUAUGUCAAAUUCAGUAUGCUAUGACCUUACAGCACCACCUAUGACAAAAAAAGCCCACCUCAAGAUCACUCGCCCACCAUAAAUGAUCUAGGUCAUUCAUGGUGGGUUGUGCUAUGCCACCACUGCCUACAAUAAGCUCGAAUUAGGUGUUUUAUGGCGAGCCCUUUUUAGGGUCCAAAAACAGUGCUCCCCAUCAGCAGAAGGUGGGUAACAAACAGUUGACUUGUGUCUAGGACACGUGAUCCAUUGAUGCUCUCAUGUGCUUGUUGUUCUAGGGUACUUUUUAUAUUGAUAGACCAAUAUGCUAUGUAGUUCUUAAAAUGAGGGAACUGCAGAUCUUAAUCCCACAUGAGCUAUGCCUCUUCAUAACAAAUACAUAGUAUUAAGUUGGUUUUUUUGCAUGUUAAUUAUGCAUUUUCAUUUCAUUUCAUUUGUAUUAUAUGCAUUAUUAUUAUUUGUGUUAUAUAAUAGGUAUCUUCUGCUAGCAUCUGGUUGAUAUUAUCUUGUAUAUUAGAUGAGGUUUGAGAGGAGAGUUUAGGCCAGUAUAUAUUGCUGUUCUUGAUUUUCAACAUGGCAAUAUAAGGUUUGUUUAGCCUAAAUGAUUUUUUACACUCUACCCAACCAAAUGCACUGUGUUCCAAUGGAACACAAUAUUUGUUAUAGCACAACUAGUCGAGUUGUCUUGUCAUAACUCAAGCAGGUCUCCCUGAUUGUAGUUAGAGUCCCACCACUAGGUUUCAACUGCUGUGGUACAGAUCCUUGUAGUGUGUGGACAGAGACAAAUUCAAGACUGUGUGAGAUCUAGUAAUUAUGGAUUAGAAAUAAUGAAAGCAGACUUUGGAACUAAAGUGUUGGGAGUUUUAUAAGCCAAGCCUCACAUCACUCACUGUAGUUAUCUAGAAGAUUUCUUAAUGUCUAGUUGUUAAGUGUAUGUUAGCCAAAAUUAGCAAAUAUUCAAUUAUUAAAGACAUUGGGUAUUUAUUACACAAAGAAACAUUAAGUUUUUGUAAAGUACAUGAAUUAGAUAUGUUUGUAAUACCUUUUUUCAGUAUUAUAUCUUGAUAAGUUUGUUUGCAUUAUUAAAAAAUCUUUGGAAUUAUGUUGCCCAAAGUAAAACUCAUUAAAGUUUUAGCCUUUUAAGUGUUUUUUCAAGACUUUAAAAUUAAAAACUUGAGUCUUGAAAAUUUGCCAUAUUUUCUGUAAAUAUUGGAAGCAGUCAUUGUUACAUAAUUUGCGUUAGACAAGGUUUUUAUUUUAUUUAAGUAAAUUUUAAUUGGAUGAAGGGAAAAAAAUCAACUCUAUACAACUGCCCCCCAAAAUUCACUUUUCCACAAGGCCUGGGGCUCUUUGGCUCACCUGGAAAUGUUGUCACUGUUGGCUUUGUUGCUGGUAAAAUCUCUGGCACUUGAUUUAUCAGCAAAGUCUUUCAAUAUAUGUUGUGGCAUAUGGUAGGACUAGCCAUUUGUAGAAUGAAUUUGUAAUGAGAAAAUAAAGAAGAAGGGUCUCAUAAAUGAAAAAAAACAGAAAAAAGAUGCUAUACUAAGCAUAGAAGCAAAAGCAAAAUGCAUAUCAGAGGCAUGGUGAGGAUGGACUUGUAUAUCAAACAAAAAGCAGCAAGUUUUUCAUUCAAGCCUAAAAGCAAAUAGUCCAAAUGGUUUGGUCUUUUGUUUCAUACGUAACUGUUUACCACAAACAGUUUAUUCAAAACAAUGUAUAGUAGUUAAUUUAAAUGGUGAGGUACCAAUAUGGCAAAGCCUGAAAGCAAUAUGUAUGAAGUACAGACCAUUAUGACACAGUGGUCUAUAGAUAUAGAGGGAGGUUUAUGCAAUGUACAGUCGUGUUGCUCCCUCACACCACAUCCACCAAGUGCAUGCAUGAUAUCAAAGCCAGAGACCAGUGUGAGACUUACAACUAAUUUUAUUCAAAGCUGUAGGUUAGUAACUAGUUUGAUAUAUUUUUUUAUUUUUUAUUUGUUGAUUGUAAUGGUUUCAAACUAAUAUCCAUUAAAUCUACAUGUACAAUGCAAAAUCUGCUCAAUAUAUGCGAAAAACAAUAAUAACUUAUUAUUAUUAUGAUCAUUAUGAUUAUUAUUGUUAUAUUAUUGAUGCCAUCAUUUAAUAAUUAAUUCCUGUAUGUUUCUCUUAAAUUCUCCGAUGCCUCAGGUUUCAGAUAUUAUUCAUUGGUUGUGUCUCAGUGCUACAUGGACCAGUGUAAUAAAUACUUUUAAAUGUGCAAUAAAAUGGACUACAGAG